ACAGCUGUGUAUUGGACAAUAACACAAUAGGAAUAGACUUUUUGUUUAUUCUGUCGCUUAGUACAGUGGACUGCGCACGCGCAUAUUCGUACCGUCGUCAUGAAGAUCGCUGUACUCGUGAUUGUGGUGUUAGGAGUUGUUAGUGCAAAUGAAGCGGACUUAAGGAUCAUAGAUUCGAUCGUGCAAGAACAGCCGUGCAUCCACAUGGGUGGCAUUUGUACGGUCGCGGAGGACUGUCCCAAGGGCCACCUCGCUGAGAAACCAGGACUGUGUCCAACGCAGCGCAAGCAGGGGAUCGACUGUUGCCAUGGAGUAUCCUUGAAGGAAACGAGAUGUGAAAAGCACGGUGGGGUCUGUAUGACCCAUGCGACGUACUGCAACCCUCGUCUUAUAUUCGACGGCGCCAAAGACUGUCCUCAAGACCACCAUUGUUGUAUUAUGACUCUUUAGGCUGAUGGGACAAUUAAAAUGAAUAUUAAUA